AAAUGUCAAGCGCAUUUAGCUUUCUAAAGACGUAUACGUUAAAUACGUUUUCUGUAUGCUUUGGUGUUUAUGUAAAUGCACACAAAGUGUAAACAUAAUUAUGACAGUUGUUAAGCAUCUUCAGAUUCAUCUCUAUCUGGAAAAACUGAGACGGCCGGAGCUUAAUGCCAUGUGGGUGACAUCACCGAGACACUGAGACAUCGUCCUGAUUGGACGGGGGGCCCAGCCAAUGGCGACACGCUGCGGACACGCACAGAUGGGAAGAGUUUAAAAAAGAUUGAGUAAAGUUCUGCUGAACCGGUCCAGUCUUUCUCCAGGGAGAGCAAAAAAGAAAGAAAAAAGGCGAGGAGGGAAGAAAAAACAAUAUCAUCACUGUACUUUCCAUCGAUGGCCAUAUGACUUCCCCCUGAACUGCACGUAUCUCGAAGCGGAGAUAUAUAUUUAUGUGGCAUUAUUUAAUAUUUUAAUUAACACGUUAAAUCGACUGUGAACUUAAGAAACGAUGGCGACCCAUUUCAGCAAGGGACCGACUUUCGGACUGUCAGCUGAAGUCAAGAAUAAGCUGGCCCAGAAGUAUGACUCGCAGAAGGAGGAAGAGUUACGGAUUUGGAUCCAGGAAGUUACCGGCCGCAGGAUCCCUGAAAAUUUCAUGGAGGGACUGAAGGACGGGGUCAUCCUGUGCGAGCUGAUCAAAAAGCUCCACCCUGGCUCUGUGAAAAAAAUCAACACCUCCUGGCAGAGCUGGUACCAGCUGGAGAAUAUUGGCAAUUUCGUCAGAGCCAUCACAGACUAUGGCCUGAAGCCACAUGACAUCUUUGAAGCCAAUGAUUUGUUUGAGAACGUCAACCACACUCAGGUCCAGAGCACACUGAUCGCCCUGGCUGGACUGGCAAAGACUAAAGGAUACCACACCAAGCAGGACAUCGGCGUGAAGUAUGCUGAGAAACAGCAGAGACACUUCAACCCCCAGAAGCUGAAAGAUGGAUGCAACAUAAUCGGGCUACAGAUGGGGACCAACAAGUUUGCCAGCCAGAAAGGGAUGACAUCAUACGGCACGAGGCGUCACCUCUAUGACCCCAAGGCCGGCAUGGAGAAGCCAGUGGACCAAUCCACCAUCAGUCUGCAGAUGGGCACCAAUAAGGGAGCCAGUCAGGCCGGCAUGACCGCACCUGGCACAAAGCGGCAGAUCAUCGACAAGAAGAUGGAUCUCGAGUCAUGUGACACCGCCACCAUCUCCCUGCAGAUGGGAACCAACAAAGUGGCCUCCCAAACAGGCAUGAGCGUGUAUGGCCUGCCCCGGCAGGUCUACGACCCAAAGUACUGCGUCACUCCAGGCAGCUACAUCAACAAUGGAGAAGGCGGGGAGAUGUAUGGUCAUGACGGCUACGACAACUACUAGGAGCCAUAAACCGGCGUCAUCAUCGUUCCCGCCCAUGUCGGUUAAGGCUAAAUGCUAAAUCCUUAGGUAUUUAUAAAUCCUUUUCUCCAGCACGUAGCGUACAGUUUGUUUCACUGGUGUUAUUUUAAGCUUCUUGGUUUUCAUGAGAUUGCAUUUGAACUCCUCCGCUUUAGCUCAUCUUAUGUUGGCUCCUGCACCCUGCUUUUCUGAAUAUACCGUUUUACAACCAACUGCCACAAGGGCAGCUCUUCUUUCCAUUUUACCCCUUUUAUUUAAAGCCUUGGCUUUAUUUCUAUUUAUUAUUGCUGUUUUUGUUGAAUUUCGCUGCCAAAGAUGCCGUUCCCUUCCCACCGAACGUGAAAAGCCCUGAAAGACUUAGACGGCUGCCAGAUUCCAGCGCUGAAUAAUAGCCCAUCUGGCCCUGCCUGUGAAUGCAGCCCCGGGUCCCCUCCUUCGGCCGCGGCGCACAAAGGAACGAGCAGCCGGAGGGGAUAGCCGCAGACACUGAGAUCAGGAGACGCGUGCCCCCAAAAGAAAUGCUAAUGCUAACAUCUUGAGUUCGGGGGCAAAAAGGACCCCAGACACUGUCUACCUGCUUGGAGGAUGAACGACCAUAAACCAUAAGAGGAGCCUAUCAUUACUGGCGCCCAUGCUUUUGGAUCUAAAAGCUUUUUGUUCUCGGUUGCAGAAGGAUGUACUUUUUGCUCAACAUUUCAAAGCAAAAACUGUUUAUUAGCAAGAAGUAUUACCAGACUGACUUAAUAGCACUACCAACCACUAAUAGAGCACACACACACACACACACCAUAAUUUCCUUUGUUUUAAACUCCUUUUUUCCAGACAUGCUUAGAAUGAGGUGUGACGGCGUAUCUUCAAAUCACUGUGUUAGCCUGCCAUCUAGUGUUUCGCAACAUUACUCAAUUGUCAGUACGAUUUAUGCGCUGAAAGGAAAUCAAUAACUCCUUGCGACUGCCGCACAAUAUACCAUCAGAUGUUAAAACUGAUAUCUCGCCUCAGCUGUUAUUUAAAUAUACAGUGGCUGUAAAAAGCUGACUGAUAGUACAAAUCUUUGAGGAUCUUGCAUGUUUGACACCUAAUUUAUACAGUCAUUUAAAAUGUGUUGCAUUGAUUAAUCAGAAAAGAUACACAAUUACCAAAUUAAUUUUUAUAGCUCAAGUCUAUAUUUAAGGUGGAUUUAGGUAUGGUCACCAAGCCUUUGAGAUGUUUUUAUAUCUCAAGAAGGGGGGGGGGGCACUUAUCACACCCUUCUUUAGGAGUGCAACGUAUAAUCAAUGCAUAGGGACACAAUGUCAAACGUGAGUCUAACAAAAGAAUAUGUUUGUUUUUAAAUUACAGGAGAAGUAUUAAUGCACUUUUCAUUAUUAUAGGUUUUAAUAUUGAAGUUAAUUGAUGGGGACAAGUUGUUAUGUAUUGUAAGUGUGCUGGGGAAGGAAGAUACACUGAGGGUUUCCAUCGCUAGUCAGAGCAGCUCCGGUCUCAGGGCCAAAAGUGGUCCAUGUGUGAGCUUCCUGCAGGACUGCUGGUCAGGAGCGAGUCUGCCUGGCCUGAAGCGGGGAUUGGGCUCUCAGAACUGUUCUGAUGCAUGUCAUCUUAACCGUGGAGGGAGAGAGAAAGUGUUUUGUAACGUGUGCUGCAGUUAGUUUAAAACUGAAAUAGAAGACAUUGGGCAGGAAGACCAAAAGCUACAAUACAGAAAAUUGUAAUAGCCUCAGUACCCAGUAUACUUCAUAAGAACUUCAAAUUGUACCUUGUUAAUAAACACAGUAUGAAGCAGU